AUGCCGACAAAGAAGGAAAGAAAAAACGCGAAAGAUGGUGCGGUUAGUGCCGCGGUGACGAAACUCGCCGCAGGCAAGUUCGCAAACGGCAGUCCUUCCAAGAGCCCGGCGUCCGAUGCAUCGUCACCUCCUGUAAAUUCCCCCGAUAUUAGACCCAUCGCUCAAGACCCGUCGCCAUACGAUGGGCACCCCACUAUCUCGCCGAACCUGGAUGCUCUUUCCACAACCUCCGUCUCGGCGAGCACUGCUGCAAGUACAAACCACGAAUGGGCAAGAGGAGGCCUUGUUGGUUCUCCAGGCAAUUUGAUCAGCCUCAUGGGCGAGUCUCCGCCUACCCAGCCGUCCUCCUACGAGGAUUCUGGUCGCCUCCAUCACGGGUGGGCUGUUCAGCGCCAGGCUCUCACCCCCCAAACGGCGUCGCCUUCCCCUCCGAAUAGCAUGCCCAACCACAUGAAGCGUCCCCUCAGCUUCCAGAUGGAUGCUCAGUAUCCACUUGAAGCAUACCAUCAACCGGCAGCUGCGGCAGCGUAUCGCCGCAGCUCCAUGCAAUCUCAGCUGUCCCACGCAAGAGUUGGCUCGCAACCUCCGCUUCCUCACCAACCUCAGCCGCACUUUUACGGUGCGCCGGACAUUGAUUUUGACAUGGCAUCUAAAAAUGGCAUGAAGGCCGGCGACAAGGGCUACCACUUUGGCUUUGAUACGUUGCCGUCGCCUCACAGCGAACUCUUACCGGGAUCAGACAACGUGGCUUUGGCGGGGUACGAAGGUGGCCUGGAGGUUUACUCGGUCAACAAGCGCGGCCUUGACCGUGUUGCCGGGCUCAAGGGACUCCGAGGCGGCGUAUACAACGCCAAGAUCUUGCCUUGGUCCACUCCUAAUGACAAGGCCGAUCUUGGCCCCCUUGUCGCUGUCGUUGUUCAUGGCCCAGUAUUGCCCCAAGCAUCGCCGGAAAUCGCCAUACAAGCAGCGAAUGAGACCACCGCCGAAGAACGAGCCGAUGUUCCUGGCAGCCCUCGGGCUGACGGAAGCCAAAAGGGAGGUCCAUCCGGACGUUUCACGCCGGCUAUCGAAUUUUACCAGACAUCUGUCGAGUUGUACUCGUUAAAAACCGGAAAGCUUGUAGAUGUACUGCUUCAGGCCCCGAAAGUGCCUCUCUCGACUCCGGUCACCAGGCCAAUCUUCAAGGCACCUCCUCCUACUGGGGCGUUCGUAAUCAAAGCUGAUGCUGGCAACAUAGUCGUCGCUUCGGGUAGUAGCGGAGAGUGCUGGGUCUAUCGUCAGAUUCUGGACUCCAACGACGGCCCUGUUCGUUUUGGCUGCGUGGGAAAGCUCUGGACUAGCCUACAACAACCUCCGAGAGGUGAGGUUGCAGAGGAUACGGAACGACGCAAUUCACCUGCACCACCGCGUCCUAACCCCCAGACUCCGAUACUUUCGCUCAGCGGAAAGUGGAUCGCCUACUGCCCUCCGGCGGCAUCUUCGCAGAUUGCUCUUCGUGCACACGUACCAGUCCCUAUCCUUGGCAAAGCUCCUGGCAUCACCUCAGUAACCUCGCCCGUCCUGCCCGGCGUCACCGGGGCGGUUGACUCGCCCAUGUCGGAGAGUAUGAUGAACAAGAUCAUGCGCGAGACUACUCAGGAGUUGAUUUCUGGUGCCAAAUGGGUUGGUCAGCAAGGGCUGCAGGCCUGGAAUUCGUAUUGGAACAAGAACGCAAAUCAAACGCCUCCUCAACAGUCUAGAUCGCCCCCAUUGGCAGCUCAGCAGUGGGCUGGCUCUUAUCCUCCUCGCCACGAUGCAUCGCAGUUUCCGCCCACCCAUGGAACACCAGGCCAGGCUGUAACUAAAGAUCCCGGCCUGGUCUCUGUUUUAGACAUGGACAGCUUGCCAGCAUCGGCCACACUGCACCCUCUCAUUACAUUCACGUCACCGCUCGGUUGCAGCUUCUUGUCAUUUUCCCCAACUGGAUUGUCGCUGUUUACUGCGAGUGGCAAGGGUGACGUGCAGACUGUUUGGGACCUGAUGUGUAUUCAAUACACAAAAUCGUCACCUCUCCAAGUGUCAGCUACAAACCAUGCAAUGGGCCCGAGAGUGCGACAGAUUGCUCAGUUCUCCCGAAUGACUGUAGCUCGAAUCGUCGAAGUCGCUUGGUCAAAACCCAACGGAGAGCGGAUCGCUAUGGUGACUGAAAGAGGUACAGUCCAUCUCCUAGACAUGCCGUCGAGCGCCUUCACCUGGCCACCGCCUCGUCGUCGCAAGGCAACGGAAGAGAACGGGGCACCCGCAUCAGAUGCGCCCAGCUCUGCCGUUUCCAUCGCUUCCAGCGCUUUUGGUGCUGCCUACCAGGCCGCCAGGCCCUUGAUUACUCGACCACGUAGGAGUAGCGUGAAUGCACAGGGUCUUGCCGGUGGCAAUUUUGUUGACUCGGCGAGCGUCGGUGGAAGGGCUCUUGCUGCUAGUAUCAGUCACUCCUUAGGCAAAACUGGUGUUGCAAUUAACCAGUUGCGUCACACUGGGGAAAACCGUGUUUCUUUGCCUCAAAGCCAAUCGCUGCCGACAGCGUCAUGCGUCGUAUGGAUUACCGGUAGAAAGUAUCAUACCCUAUAUGUCGUGGGUGACGGUAUUGUCCGCUCGUUCCCAUCCAAGACACGUCGCCCAGCAGCUACUCCCAACAAGCAGCGAACGUCACGCGGUCUUCGUUACAAGGACUUCAAGGUUCACCCACUGCCGGACGACGGGUUUGCUCCAGCAGUUCGGCAGUUCAUUGACUCGGAUGAGUACCUGGAUUUGUCUGACCGAGAGAUGGACACUGGCAACACCUUGACACUCGACCCUCGUGCUAAGCCUCUCCAGGUUGACCUGAGUGCAGAGGCAUCGAUCCCUCAGGCCGAGAUAGAAUCCAGUGCACCGUACCAGCCGUUUCACACGGAUAGGCGGGUAUCACUUUUCGAAUAUGGCGGGCCUACGUCAACUCAAACGCCGUCGCUGGCUGCGCUCAUGUCCGAAACCAACUUAGAGGACCGGCUCACGCCAAAGCAGAAGAAGCGGCAGCAGCGCUCGCAAACGCAAGAUGCCUCUGGAGGACAGACCGCCUCGGGAGCCUGGGCAUUUGGCCAACCACUCAAUAUGGUCAGGCUAGAUGUUGGGCACCAUUCGGUCACAGAAGAUGAAUUCAACAUUUCGGAUGACCACCGCGCGCUUCCACUGUCUUCAAUGGAAAGAGUCAUGCACCGUGGAGAGAAUGGGGACGAAAUUGUCGUCACGACUCGAAGACGACGUGGAGCUCGCCAUACGGAGGAGGAGGACGGCUUUUUUGAGGAUGACUGCGAGGUCCUUGACUUUGCCGAUCAGAGAGUUUGA